UAGGAUCGGGCCGGAGAAGCCGGAGCCGAGCCGGAGCCGGAGCCGGAGCCGAGCGCAGCCAUGCCUGAGCCCCCCAAGGCCGCCACCAAGAAGGAGGCGAAAAGGACGAAUGAAGGAAAAAAAGGAAGAGAAAAAAGAGAAGAAAGAGAAGGAGACGCCCGAGCCCGCGAAAGAGAGCAAGGAUGAGUCCCUGGACGACAUCCACCCCCCCGAGGUGUGCGACCCCGACGGGUUCUUCAUCAGCAAGCCCAAGAGCGUCUUCGUGGAGAGCGGGAAGGACGUCACGGUGGUGGCCCGCGUGGACGGGACGCGCCUGGCCACCAAGCCGGUGGUGAAGUGGUUCAAGGGGAAGUGGCUGGAGCUGGGCAGCAAGAGCGGCGCCCGCUUCCAGUUCAAGGAGGCCUUCGACAAGGAGAGCAAGGUGUACACCUUCGAGCUGCACAUCGGCAAAGUGGCCGUCAGCGACCGGGGCGACUACCGCUGCGAGGUGGCCGACAAGGACAAGAAGGACAGCUGCUCCUUCAACAUCGACGUGGAGGCCCCCCGCCCCGACAGCCAGGACAACGUGCUGCAGGCCUUCAAACGGACGGGUGAAGCCAAGAGCGACUUGGCCGGGGAGCUCGACUUCAGCGGGCUGCUCAAGAAGCGGGAGGUGCAGGUGGAGGAGAAGAAGAAGAAGAAGGACGAGGACGACCAGUUCCCACCCGAGAUCUGGGAGCUGCUCAAGGGCGUGACGAAGAAGAGCGAGUACGAGCGCAUCGCCUUCCAGUACGGCAUCACGGACCUGCGCGGCAUGCUCAAGCGCCUCAAGAAGAUCAAGGUGGAGCCCAAGAAGAGCGAAGCCUUCGUCCGCAAGCUGGACCCGGCGUACCAGGUGGACAAGGGCAACAAGAUCAAGCUGGUGGUGGAGCUCAGCGACCCCGACCUGCCCCUCAAGUGGUACAAGAACGGGCAGCUCAUCAAGCCCAGCACCAAAUACGUCUUCGAGAACGUGGGCCUCAAGCGCAUCCUCACCAUCCACAAGUGCUCGCUGGCCGAUGACGCCGCCUACGAGUGUCGCGUCAACGACGAGAAGAGCUUCACCGAGGUCUUCGUCAAGGAGCCACCCGUCACCAUCGAGAAGGGCCUGGAUGACCAGCAGGUCUUUGUGGGCGACCGCGUGGUGCUGGAGGCCGAGGUGUCCGAGGAGGGGGCCCAAGUGAUGUGGAUGAAGGACGGAGUGGAGCUCACGCGGGAGGAGACCUUCAAGUACCGCUUCAAGAAGGACGGGAAGAAGCACUACCUCAUCAUCAACGAGGCCACCAAGGAGGACACGGGGCGCUACAAGCUUAUGACCAACGGGGGCGAGAGCGAGGCUGACAUCGUUGUGGAAGAGAAGAAGCUGGAGGUGCUGCAGGACAUCGCGGACCUGACGGUGAAGGCGUCGGAGCAGGCGGUUUUCCAGUGCGAGGUCUCCGACGAGAAGGUCACCGGCAAGUGGUACAAGAACGGCGUCGAGGUCCGGCCCAGCAAGCGCAUCCACAUCACCCACAACGGCAGGUUCCACAAGCUGGUGAUCGACGACGUGCGCCCCGAGGACGAGGGCGACUACACCUUCAUCCCCGACGGCUACGCGCUCUCCCUCUCCGCCAAGCUCAACUUCCUCGAGAUCAAGGUCGAGUACGUCCCGAAGCAAGAGCCCCCCAAAAUCCACCUGGACUGCUCGGGGAAGACGGCCGAAAACACCAUCGUGGUGGUGGCGGGCAACAAGCUGCGGCUCGACGUGCCCAUCUCGGGCGAGCCGGCGCCCACCGUCACCUGGACGAAGGGGGACGAGGUGUUCACGCAGAAGGAGGGCCGGGCCCACAUCGAGGAGCACAAGGAGCUGAGCAGCUUCGUCAUCGAGAGCGCCGAGCGGAGCGACGAGGCUCGUUACACCAUCAAGGUGACAAACCCCGUCGGCGAGGACUCGGCCGUCCUCUUCGUCAAGGUGGUCGACGUCCCCGACCCCCCUGAGGCGGUGCGCAUCACCUCCGUGGGGGAGGACUGGGCCGUGCUGGUCUGGGAGCCCCCCAAGUACGACGGGGGACAACCCGUGACCGGUUACCUCAUCGAGCGCAAGAAGAAGGGCUCCAUGCGCUGGAUGAAGCUCAACUUCGAGGUCUACACGGACACCACCUACGAGUCCACCAAGAUGAUCGAGGGCAUCCUCUACGAGAUGCGGGUCUUCGCCGUCAACGCCAUCGGCAUCUCCCAGCCCAGCCACAACACGCAGCCCUUCAUGCCCAUCGCCCCGACGAGCGAGCCCACCCACCUGACGCUGGAGGACGUCACCGACACCACGGCCACCCUCAAGUGGCGCCCGCCCGUGCGGGUGGGCGCGGGGGGCAUCGACGGCUACCUGGUGGAGUACUGCCGCGAGGGCUCGGACGAGUGGAUCCCGGCCAACACGGAGCUGGUGGAGCGCUGCGGCUUCACGGUCAAGGGGCUGCCCACGGGCGAGAAGCUGCUUUUCCGCGUCAUCGGCGUCAACAUCGCCGGCAAGAGCCCCCCGGCCACCCUGGUGCAGCCCAUCACCAUCCGGGAGAUCGUGGAGCGCCCCAAGAUCCGCCUGCCCCGGCAGCUCCGGCAAACCUACGUGAGGAAGGUGGGGGAGCAGGUGAACCUCGUCAUCCCCUUCCAGGGGAAGCCGCGGCCGCAGGUGACCUGGAGCAAGGAGGGGCAGGCGCUGGACAAGGACAUCAACAUCCGCACGUCCGACUUCGACACCAUCUUCUUCAUCCGGGCGGCCGAACGCCACCACUCGGGCCAGUACGAGCUGAGCGUGCGCAUCGAGAACAUGGAGGACACGGCCAGCCUGCGCCUCCGCAUCGUCGAGAGGCCCGGGGCCCCCCCCCACGCCGUGAAGGUGAAGGAAGUUUGGGGCUUCAACGCGCUGCUCGAGUGGGAGCCACCCAAGGACGACGGCAACUCCGACAUCACCGGCUACUGCGUCCAGAAGGCCGACAAGAAAACCAUGGAGUGGUUCACGGUGUACGAGCACAACCGCCUGACGCGCUGCACCGUGCCGGACCUGGUGAUGGGCAACGAGUACCUGUUCCGGGUGUACAGCGAGAACGUGUGCGGGCUGAGCGAGACGCCCGCGCUCUCCCAAAACAGCGCCCGCAUCCAGAAAGAAGGCCUCAUCCUGAAACCGAUGGACUACCGGGAGCAUGACUUCCGCACGGCCCCGAAAUUCCUCACGCCGCUGGUGGACCGCACCGUGGUGGCCGGCUACAGCACGGCCCUCAACUGCGCCGUGCGGGGGCCACCCCAAGGUCCCAAAGUGGUGUGGAUGAAGAACAAGGUGGAGAUCGGCGAGGACCCCAAGUUCCUCAUGAAGCACGGCGAGGGCGUGCUCACGCUGCACAUCCGCAAGCCGAGCCCCUUCGACGGCGGCACCUACAGCUGCCGCGCCGUCAACGAGCUGGGCGAAGCGCUCACCGAGUGCAAGCUGGAGAUCCGCGGUGCGAAAUUUAGGGGACGGGCGGAUGGGUGCCCCAGUGAAGCGGCGGCCUGCAGGAGCGGUGAGUCGGACGAGCGGCGGACGGCGGCUGAUGGAGAAGCCCUUUGGAGCCCGGACGGAACGAUGCAGGAGAAGGGGGGGAAAAAGCCGCCGCACGUCCCUCUUCGCGCCGCCGGAGAAUAA